UCUUAUCUUCUUUUCAUUUUCAGAUGCCUUGGAGCAACCGUUCUUCACCUCGCACCCGAUCGGAACCACCGUUAUCAACUCCAACCGUCACACCAUCUCCUGCCAGGCCACUGGGACCAUGCCCAUAGACUAUGGCUGGGAGAUCAACAAUACAAGGAUCUUGUCCCCAGACUGGGAAUCCAAUUCCUACACCUUCACGCAGAUUGGGAAGAGCAACAUAGGGGUAUACCGAUGCACGGCGAUGAAUGUCGUUGGGACUGUCAUCAGUCGAGGGGCGGAAAUUCACGUUGCUUAUUUUGAGCCAUAUCUUGGUCUCCCAGAGACGACACAGGUCAAUGCAGGCGAGGCAAAGAUUCUAACAUGUCCUCCCUAUGAUAGUUACCCUACUCCAACCAUAACAUGGCAGUUCAAUGGAACGGACAUCAUACUGGGCUCUGACCAGCUGGUGACCGCUGACCAGCGACUGGUCUUAGUCCAGGCCACUAGUGACCACCAAGGCUUGUACACGUGCAAGGCUCACAACAAUGUAUACGGACAGACACAGACUAGCCCUAGUGUGACUCUGAAUGUUCAAGGUACCUUUACACCCCCUGAGUUCAUCGCACCCACAAUUGUCCUUCCACCCAGUGAUACUGUCGUCAGGCCAGGACAGUCCUUUGUACAAAUGGAAUGCAUCAUCAGUGCACACCCUUUGAGCUCUCUCCAGAUCUCGUGGCAGAAGGAUGGUGUAGCAUUAGGCCCUACUGGGGCCAUCCUCAAAAUCUUCAACCCUUCCGAGGCUCAUGCAGGAACGUACAGAUGCUUAGGUGACCUGCAGGGCUCAGAUUUGACAGCAGUAGAGGCCUCUGCAAACCUCACCAUGUACAACCCAGUUGCACCAGGGAUAACCAGUCGAUUGGAGAGGAAGACCCAAGAAGCAGCAGGCAAUACUAUCACCCUCCCCUGCACGGCUACAGGAGUACCAACCCCUCAAAUCAAGUGGUUCCGCAAUGCUGCUGAUAUCGCCAUUAUGGGCAACAGCCGCUACAGGUUGGAAGAAGAUGGUAGUUUGAAGCUGAUCAAUCUUGAGAAGAAUGACAGUGGUAUGUUCCAAUGUCAGGCAAUCAAUGAUGUAGGAGAACAGAUUGCAGAUACAUGGUUACAUGUUCAAGAAAUUGCUCCAGAGAUCACUUUGGCUCCUAAUGACACCACAAUCCUAGAAGGAGAGACAACUUACUUGGAAUGUGCUGCAGAGGGUGCUCCUAACCCUGUCAUACAUUGGGAGAAAGAUGGCCAGCUGGUACUGAGUUCAACCUUUCAGCUCAACAACCGUUAUAUUCUUCAGACCUUUGGAAACCUUCUGCUACAGCAGGCAGUCAAGGAGGAUUCUGGAGAGUACACCUGCGUAGCAACCAACACCCUAGAUAGUGAUAAUGCUUCUGCCUCACUCAUUGUUUAUCAACGGACCAUCAUCUCCCAGAGGCCGACCAACGUGGAGACCAUCCUGGGCGAGACGUCCACCCUGACCUGCGUGGUCCAGCAUGACUCCAGGGUAACACCGACCAUCACCUGGAUGCAGGACGGUGGUGUCAUCGUACCCGAUGGACGAUUCAUCAUCCUGGAGUCCGGUUCCCUGGUCAUCCAUUCCACCGAUACACUGGACAUGGGGCUGUACGUCUGCAAGGUGACCUCCGUGGCUGGGGAUGACCUUGGCAGCGCCAACUUGACUGUCCUACAGGUGCCAUAUCAACCACAGGGAUUGACAGCAGCCAAGAGCAUGGACCAGGCCAGGACCAUCAUCGUUUCUUGGUUACCAGUCUUUAAUGGUAACUCACCCCUCAUCAGAUAUAUCUUGGAACAAAAAGAAGAUGAUUCUGCUUUCACUGAGGUCGAAGCAACUAUCAACCCUCUUCUCACUGAGUUCCCAGUCACUGGUGUGAAGCCAUCAAGGAGAUAUCAGUACAGGCUCAGGGCGCAGAAUGCCAUCGGGAUGAGCGAGAAGAGCAACCCUAGCAAUGUAGUUCAUCUUCCAGAGGAACCACCUGAUCUUCCACCACAGUCUCUGAGGGCCAGUGCUACAUCUACCUCUAGUAUCAUGGUGGAGUUUGGGGAGCCUCCCUAUGAGAGUUGGAAUGGUCCUCUCCUGGGUUACAUAGUCCAGUGGCGUAUGGAAGGCUAUAACACUGCAUUCCAAUUCCACAACAUCACCAAUUACCGGCAGACCUCUUAUGAGAUCGUGGGCCUCAUCACCUGGAAGAUAUAUGAGAUUCAGGUUGCUGCUUACAACGGGGCUGGAGUGGGGGCCUACUCUAAUGCUAUUGAUGUUCGCACCAAUGAAGGAGUCCCCACUGCACCACCCCAGGAUGUUGAUAUCAUGGUGACUAGUUCAACAUCCUUCAUGUAUAUAUUCAGUUCACCUCCCGUCCAGUUUAUCAACGGUAUCAACCAAGGAUAUAAGCUGCUUGCCUGGGAGCCUGGAAUGGAGAACAACCCUAUCGUAGAGCUGGUACCCCCAAACAUUGCUCAGAGUCGAUUCAUUGGUAACAUCACUACCCUGAAGAAGUUUACUGAGUAUCAAGCCUCUGUUUUAUGCUAUACCAACCCUGGGGACGGCGUUCCAAGCACACCUGUCACAUUAAUGACACUUGAAGAUGUACCUGGUCCAGUGAGUAAUCUACGUGUGAGCAAUGUAUAUGAUACAUCACUGCAGAUAUCAUGGGAUGAACCACUGGAGAUCAAUGGGGUACUCCGAGGUUAUAGCAUCAGCUGGCAGGAGCACAACAAAACCUCCAACAUCAUCAAUGCCAGUAGGUUACCAAGUGAGACCAGUUACACCAUCACAAGUCUUACACCACAGACUACCUAUCUGAUCCAGGUCUGGGCUAAGACCAAUGUAGGUCCAGGACCUACUACAGACAUCAUCAUCAGUUCCGGGGUUCCACCAGAGCGCCCCCAACCACCUACCAACCUAAACGUCCCUGAUGCUACCAUCCAGUCACGAUCUGUGGAGCUCCACUUCACUCCAGGAUUCGACGGCGAGGCCGGCAUCACCCUGUGGACCGUCCAGGCCCUUGUUGGUCAGUCUGACCACUGGGAGCAGAUCUUUGAGGUGUCAGACCCCAGCGCUAGGUCCAUUGAGGUCACUGGGCUGGAGCCGUUCACAUACUAUCAGUUCAGGAUGAUCGCCACCAAUGUGGCUGGGUCAAGCAACGUCAGUGAGCCUUCGGAACAGAUACAGACCAAACAAGAUGCACCAGCCAUUGCUCCUCGUGAUGUCAGGGUACGAGCCUUCAAUUCCACUGCCCUCAGAGUCACAUGGAUGCCCUUGGAUGAUGUUGAAUGGAAUGGUAUACCUGGAGGAUACCUCAUCUACUGGAGGCCGUAUGGUACCAGCAUGCAGGAGAUGUUCUUCAACCUAGCUAGUCCAUACAUCAACAACCAUGUCAUCACUGGUUUGGAGGAGUGGAUGCCCUACGAUGUGAGGAUCGAGGCGUAUAAUGAACUGCAUGUCGGACCAACCAGUGGAAUGGUUACUGGAUGGACUAACGAAGCGGUUCCAUCUGCUGGUCCUGCCAACAUCCAAGCCUUACCUACUUUCUACUCAGACAUCUUGGUCACAUGGAAUGACGUGCCAGUAAUUCAUCAAAAUGGAGAGAUAUUAGGCUUUAAGGUUAUAUUUAGAGAGAGUGGAGGCAUUUUGAUGUACAUGAAUGUACCAGGCAACACUUCACGUGAGGCAACCAUAACUCACCUCAAAGGCUACACCAUCUACACCAUCACGGUGCUGGCGUAUACCGUGGUCGGUGACGGUGCCAUCGGCAAUGAGGUGCCCGUCAGGACUCACGAGUGGUAUCCUGGUCCCCCGGUCGGCAUCACAUUCCCGACCGUCCAGCUCUCCUCCGUCACCAUCACAUGGAAUGAGCCUCUCAUUCCAAACGGUCAUAACCUCUCCUAUAAGGUCGGUCAUCGCCUACUGGCUGGUCCACCUGCUUCUCUUGUCGAGGAAAAUGUAGGGGGCAGCAGACAGCAUACCGUAACCGGACUACAGCCGCAGGAGACGUACUAUUUUGAAGUGACGGCGAAAACGUCAAUGGGAUUUGGGCUGCCUGCUUCGGCUUUGGUUAUUACAACAACAAAUAGGACCACUCCCGAAGCCCCAUCCAGACCCACCGUAGACCACAUCAAGAGCAGGCAGGUCCGUCUUUCAUGGACCCCUGGUUACAAUGGGAAUUCCCCUCUUCGCUAUUACAUCAUUGAUGUACGGGUGGGGUCUGGACCGUGGGAAGAACACAACACCAUAGUGGACGCCUCUCAGGUCUCCUAUACACUAACAGGGCUAAAUCCAUACACUUUGUACUAUUUCCGUCUGAAAGUGUACAAUGACAUCGGCGCCAGCCCAGAGAGUCCCUCAUCGAAUCAAAUCACUACAGAACAAGACAUUCCUGAUGGGGCACCCACUAUAUUAACAGCAACUCCGAUCACAGUCACAUCCCUCCUGUUAACAUGGCAACCACCCCUCCAGGCUCAAACCAAUGGCCCCCUCACCGGCUACCGCUUCCAGUUCAGGCAAUUACCCAGUGGUAGUUUCAUGGAAGAGAACAUUAAUGAUCCGGGGGUGACCGAGUAUGAGCUCCUCAAUCUGGUGAGGUAUCAGAAUUACGAGGUGAAGCUGGCUGCAACCAACAGCAAAGGGCUUGGACCCUAUAGUGUUCCAGUCUAUGUGUACAUCGGAGAAGCAGUUCCCUCUGAGCCUCCCUCUGCUGUGUCCAUUAGUACCACUGGUUCAUCUUCAUUCCAGAUCUCAUGGGUACCACCCUCUAUGGAAUCACAGAAUGGUGGUCUCCAAGGUUACAAGGUACUGUAUUGGGAGAAUCACUCCCGCCAGGCGCGUUCCACCAUCGUCCAACAGACAAAAACAUUCCCAGCCUCGGCCACAGUGGCAACCCUCGAUGACCUUAACUGCUUCACCGAGUAUGGCAUCUCAGUCAAAGGUUUCAAUGCUGCUGGUGAUGGUCCAGGAUCGCCCCCACAGUACAGCACUACGGAUGAAGAUGUUCCGAGUGAAGUCAGCCAUCUAUUAUUCAGCCAGGUCAGGAUGAGUUCUCUCAACGUAUCAUGGGGUCCUCCGACAUCAGCCUGCGGGACUGUCACACAGUAUAAACUCUUCUAUCAACCUCAUGAGCCCAUCAACGGUGAAAGAACAUCUGUUGUGGUGACCCUACCCAGUGAUCAGUAUUCCUACGUUGCCAAGAGGCUUGGUGAAAGAGAGCGAUACCUGUUUGAAGUUCAUGCAGAGACCACAAGCUUUGUUGGACCACGAAGGGGACAAAACAUUACUACUGGACCACAAGCAGGUGCCCCUGAAUCCCCAAGAUAUGUUCGGUUGUCUCCAGAGUCUUCCUUCGUCACUGUUUCCUGGGACGCACCUGUGUAUUAUGGGGAUCAACCUCUCACAGGAUACAUCAUACAAUCACUGGAAAAAGGUCAGGAUACAUGGGAGGAUGUCAACGAUACCAUCGCAGCUGACCAAUCACAGUUCUCCAUUCCGUACAGCAGUCUGAACCCAGUCACAGUAUACACCUUCCGGGUGAUGGCUGAGAGUGUGAUCAGUGUCAGUGAACCUGCAUUGAGUGAAGAGCUUAUGGUGCCAGCUGCUGGUACGAACCUAGCUCAGAAGAACUUCUACGAGGAGUGGUGGUUCUUGGUAAUUGUUGCCCUCGUCGGCAUCAUCGUUAUCAUCCUGGUGGGAGCUACACUUUGCAUGCUGGGAAGGAGCCGUUUAUAUGUCGACAGGAAAGUUCAUAAAAGGAUGACACCUGAUGAAAGAGUGAGUGUUACGGAAGACGGCGGCUUCACAUCAUUCGAGAUGGAUCCUGCUGCGAGACGGUCAGGGAGAAAUGGAAGAACUAACGGUCGGAGUGGAGUAUAUAACAGAACAAAUUCAUAUACCAGCAGUAACGAGGAGCUCCCACAAUUGCUGACAUUCCUUGGGCCUUCAAUCGCGCCCCCUCCAAGACCCAGUCCAGGCAGUAUACAGUAUUCAGAGGAAGAGGAGAGUAAACAUUAUGAAGAUGUAAGGCGGAGAAUGGCUGGAGGUGAUGAGCCGGGAGAAAACAGCAGUCUAACAGAGAAAAAUGAUUUACCAUCGCUCUCAGAGUCAUUAGCCAGCGAGAGCGAUGUUGAAGUAGACGGUGGAGGAGCCCAUGGGGGCGGUCCUCCCUCAUUUGUCAACCACUACGCAAGUCUUCCAGGCACGCAGUCAUGGCGACGCCAGCAAACAUCAAGCGGUCCAUCCAGUAACGCGUAUAGCUACACAGACAGUGAACCGGAUCCCGUACCCACGGUGGACGGUAGAACUGUAUACCUGCAGAACAAUCUAGCAAGCAUGCAGGCCGGCUCACGAGCCCCUGUGCAUGGAUUCUCGUCGUUCGUAUAACGCAAGCUCAGAUGUCAUCUAUUGCUGUUAGUGACUGCAUAGUUAGUGAGAACUGAGAAAGGAUGAUUUUUAUAUAUUUUCUUGAAUUCCUUAUCAUCAUCGUCUGUUUUCCUGAAAUUGCGAGUUUUUACUUAAGUGACAUCUUCAAAAUUAUGAUAUGCACAUACUUGUCAUCCAGGAUGACCUGUUUAUCAUCUUUAAACCUUCAAUAGUGACUCGAACUUUCAUUUUCGAAACUCCAGUGCUUGUAUGAAUGAACAGACACGAAACCAUCCUUUCUAGGAGGUUCAGUUCAUAAUGAACUUUGGAUUGUACUGAUGGACAUGUACCUUACAGAUGAUGAAUGAAAGAGAAGGCUAUUUCCAAAGAUUUGUCAUAAUAUAUAUAGUACCCGCUGGUUUAUGCCUCUGAGGCUUCAAGAUAUCACCUGAAGGCAACACUCCUGGAAGGGCGCUAUGUGCCCUUGUCAACAAAACACAGAUAAAAGUGAUUCUUGCUGGAGCCUGGCCUGGAGUAUCCUGUUUAGUUAUGGAGAGGGAAUUUUGGCUUCUGUAUCGGAAGGGAUAAACUGGUUAGCAGUGAUUGUGUGUGAGUUCAGGAUAAUGUCAACGGAGUGAACAGACAGGGAUGUCAAGGGUUCAUAGCCAGUCUUGGUGCCAAAGAUCUGAACUGUUAAUUCGAUGUGAUAUGUUAACCGUGAGGAAUCGCAAGGCACGGUGCAGGAUAUUCUGAUGGUGAGGAGAUCUACUACUAAAAAAGAAAUGAUAAACGAUACUGCACCCUUAUCGCCACUUCCCCCUGGAAGUCAAGAGAUUCCUUGGAAAUUGUGAUAUCAAUUUAAGAAAUUUUAUCAUUACUUAACUCUGAUGACUUCCCUCAAAUAUAUGGGUUGAGCAAUCUACUUGAUGUAUAGAUAGGUCUUAUAUAACCCUAAAAAAAGUGACAAGAUAAACUUUCAUAUAUUCACAGAGUAUAAUCAGUAAUCCAACCAGUCUGCAUACUGCAUGUGCAUGAUACCAAAUUUAUUUUUUUUAAUGGCGAAGUGACUUAAAAGACCAUUCUUUAGGACCACAUGGAGAAGAACCUUGAUAUUCAGGAAGCAAUGAAUGUCAAUGCUUGUGCUUGAUGGAGAUGUCAGUAAGCUGAGAUGGUUUUUUUUUUUACAGAUUCAGUGUGAUGUGGAAACUUUUUAUCCAAAAGACACCUGGGGCCCGUCUUACAAAGAGUUACGAUUGAUCCAAUCAAUUGUAACUAUGGAAAGCCAGCAGCGUCAACAUCUUAAAUGCAUGUUUGUCCAAAAUAUUUUCUAGAAAUGACAUAUUCAUACAUUUAGUUUUCUCGACCAUUCAAUUUGCUUCUCUCUGUUUUCAUAGGACAUUUGCAAAUUUCCUAAAGAAGAAAUUAUGACAUUGAUGGAUUUCCAUAUACUUGAGAUUGAUCGGAUCGAUCGUAACUCUUUGUAAGACGGGGCCCUGAUCAUAUAUAUAUUCAGGCGACUAUAUUUGUGAAGAAUAUGGAUGCUUGUUAGCUUGAUGUAUGGGCAGUUAAGCAAUAUGAAAAUAAUGAAUUUCAAUCAAUAUUGGUCAGAAAACUGGUUUGAAAGUCAUCGAUUUAACUUCUCAUUUAUACUUACAUAGAUUUUUACUGAUAAUUCUAAUAUCUUUACACUGCCUUUACAAUUGGAUAAAUUAUAUUUUUUCCUUCUUUCUUGAUAUUUAAAUGAAUUUCAAACACCUAGCACAAAGUUACGAGGAGACUGAAACACAAAUGAUUAUUUUAACAUGCAUUUAUGUGAGUGAAGAAUCCAGCUGUCGGAAAUCUUCAUGAUAUUGAUUAGAUGCUUGAUGCAUCAUUUGCUCAAACUUCCAGAUUAUACCUCUGUCAUAUUUGCUCCUCGGUGGCUGUACGGUGUACGGCCGCUGCAGAGCAAAUGUGACUGAGGUGUAAGGAACUUUGGUCCACAUGUUUGAUACUUGAAUGAUGGAGAGGCAAUCAUGGUUCUUGUAUCAUUUUGGUCAACAGUUCCACAUUUUGAAAUGUGUUUGAAUCCAUUUAUCUCUGCUUCCCUUGGUAUUGGUGAA